AUGUUCAACGGUUCAGUGACGCGGAUCGCCUAUGCCAUCAAAGACCCUCUGAACUACGCACAGUCCACAAAAGCCGUCCUGGCUGAGACGGCAAAGAAAUUCCAAGAUGCGCUGGACGACUGCGAAAUCCAGAUUCUCGAAGCAAAAUGGUACCUGGAGCACCAGUUGGCGUUGAACAAGGCGCGUCGCGAGGCCGAGGCACGAGAAGAAAGCGCCGCGCACGCGAAAAGGAAACACGAGGAAAUCAAGGACGAACCAGAAAAGGCGGCCCCCGAAAACGAGAGAGAAAAUGCGCCGAAACGCGUCAAGACGGCCGAACCUGAGGAACCAGUAGCGCUGAAGCAGCAGCCAUCACAGUCGCCGUCGCAGCGACCGCCUCCCUUACCCGCUGCUACAGCCGUACCGAACGGUACCAAUAACGCUGCAUCAAAAACAGGAGAGAAGCCAAAAGCGUCUGUUACAACCGAGGUCAAGAAAGCAAAACCUCCCACUGCCACUGCCCCUGCUCCUCCCCCCAGACAACAAGACAAGCCUUCACAGAGCGUGCAGAUUCCUGAAAAGGCCAUGCCGCAGCCAACGGCGGAAGAGAUGCCCAAAAUAACACCACAGGAUACCCCGGGCGCAGGCAACGAGGACUUCAACUUUGUCUCCAUGUUUGGCGAACCCUCAGGCGACAAUCUGGAUGGCGCCGGGAACGACAUGAAUUUCGACCUCAACCUCGGCAAUGGAUUUGACGCCGAAAGCGCUGCUCAACACCUCAACGUCCACGAUUCGUCCUUAAACUCCUUACUCCCUGGCCUCGAGUCCUAUGCCAACCAAGCCGGCGACGACAACAGUUUCAACAUGGGCGACUCUACUAAUACACAAACAGCAAACGGAGGCGGCGGAACCGACAUAGGAGGAGGAGGCAUGACGACCGACAACAACGCCCAACAGCAGAUCAACAUCACCGAUUUCAGCCUCCCAGCUUUGGGACCGAAUGAGUUCGAUGAUUUGCUGAACUCGAACGACAUGACUUUUGACGACUCACUCAAUCUAAACGACGAUGGCAUGAUGAGUAUGGAAAACAUGGAGAACAUGGAUAUGGACUUUGACAGCAUGUUCAAGUGA